AUGGCGCGACUGUAAAUAUUUAUAAAAAUUCACCUUCAAUUAAACCAGAUAAAAAAAACUGCACCAACCCUCUAGGUUACCAUGGCAUUUUAUUUAAGCAGUCUCAAACAGGCAGCUGUAGAUUUUGUCAUGGGUGGAACUACACAGCCUGACUGGAGCCAGCUGCCGAACGAGAUUUUGCUGCACGUCUUCAGUUACCUUAGCAACAGCGACAAGUACCACGCCGCCCUCACCUGCAAGUCCUGGCUCCGUCCACUCUCAGUGCCGACUCUGUGGCAGUCCGGAGAUUUUGUUUUUGACGACAAGAGCGACGAGAAGGCCAUUAGGUUUGUUGAAAUCGCCGGCAAAACAUUACGUCAUAUUAAGGCAGAAUGUAAAAAACUUGAAAAUCUUCAAUUGGUAUUGGAAUACCGCCCUUCUUCUUCGGAGAAGAUGUAUCUGUUUUUAGCCAGCCUUUUGAAUUCAGAGAAUCACCAGCUGUUGACCUUCAGACUGAAAAAUAUGAACAGUUUGGAAACGUAUUGCGGUGGGGCGGAAAGAAUGCCGUUGUCUGAGGUCACUAAACUCCUGAAGAGAUUCUUGAAAGCCCAGCGACAGCUUCGUGUCCUUGACCUUAGCAAUAGCGAAAAGUCUGUGAGGUUCUGUUUCGAGGAUGAUUCUAUUACCGUGAGGCAAGGCAUGAAAUUGCUGAUAGCAGCUGGCAAACACUGCGCCACCACGCUACAUACCCUUGCUAUCGCCAGGCUCGUUAGCUUGAAAAGUAGUUUCCAUAAUAGCAUGAGUUAUCUUCCGCAAUUUCGAAACGCCAUCUCUGGUUUCAGCAAGUUAUCAGAACUUGACCUCAGCUAUGGUUAUCUGGAAGAUGACCUGCUGCUCAGCUUGGCAGCCAAUACAAAUACCAGCCUCAAGGUGAUCACAGUUCGUGCUGACGAAAUCCCAAAGUUAGAAAGUCGAAUAACCCCUCUAGCAUGGGAGAAGCUUACAGCGGCCUGUCCUGAGCUAAAAGCGAUUUUUCACAUCAAGCACAAAUAUGAGUCGUACUCCCAAGACCCAACAUUGAUACUCACACCAUCCAUGCCGCUCUAUCAAGUCAAGUGGAAAGCUGGUGACGCCAUCGCUAUAGAGAACUUAGAGAAGUUCUUUCAACAUGUGGCACAGAACUUUCAGAAUACCUUACACCACCUUCAUGUAAAAUCGGGUGUCCGCCCUGACACAGAACGCUUUGAGCUUGUGUUCAAAAGUUUGCAGGCGUGCAAAAAUCUGGAAACCUUGUCCCUGUGUUUGAAAAGCUGCAAGAGUGGUGACGUAGAGAUGUACAUGCUGGCAAUAAAAGAUGUCAUGACGCGAUGUCCAGUGUCAUGUGACGUCACACUGAACGGUCAAGUUGUGAAGGUGGGGUCAGGAGAGUUCACCGGGUUGACCAGUUGACGAAUGUUUUUUUUUAGAUCGGUGGUAAAACAAGGUAGUACACAUUAGCAUCUGUGUUUUUCAUUUAUCCUUUAAAAAAUGGGUCCAUUUAACUAUUUGUUUUAAGUUUUGACUUGCAAUCAAUUUAUCAAUGUCAAGAUGAGCUAGAUGAAGAGACAACUAUUGAAAGCUGAUUAGCGAUGGUUUGUUGAGAUCUUAGACAUAGGGUUAGCGCAGGAGCCAUAGUAUGGAGGUAAACAGUUCUAGAACAAUAACAUGGAGGCCAGCAGUUCUAGAACAAUAACAAUGAUGAAAACAAUACUAAAAAGCUGAUAAUUGCACCCCUCCUACUCGGUGAUUUUAAGUUACCAACCGGAGAAAAAUGUCAGAAAAACUCUUGAUUUGUAUAAUAAUAUUUACUGAUAAUAACAUAAAAAGUAGUUCCAAAUGCAUUUAGAGUUAAUUAUUUCCCAUAUUUGAUUGUAUACUUGAUCAAGGGAAUCAAUUGCAAUGAAAUCUCUGUAUUAAAACAAUUUAGAAAUCAUUGUAGAUAGGGAAAAAAACCCAGUAAUGAUAUUUUAUUUAAACGUCAAUUAGACCACUGCAUAACAAUUUAUAGUUAGAGAUUUCAAACAUUAAAAACUUGUAUACUUUUUUCAGCUACUUAGGUUAACAACGUUUAUCGUUUUGCGUCUGUAAUUUUUUAAAACUGUAAACACUUUAUUUAAUACAGGCUGUACUAUUUAAGUUUCUUUCUUUACCUUUAGAUCCCAUUUCAAAGAAGGGUCUAUAUUAAAAUAAAUUCACUGUGCAGGUUACAUUUUAAUAUGAUCAACACAAAAAUGAUCAACUAGCUGUCCUUCACAGAAAAUCAAUAUUUUAUCAUAGGUUCGUGUGUUGCAUGGUACCCAGAAUUUAACCAUUCGAUUAACCGCAUUCAAUGAUGAUAUUGAUCUAACGUAUCAUGCAGUAGACAGAAGUUAAGCAUGUAAAGAAAAUACUAUGCAAUUGAUUAGAGCAUAUUAGCUUCAUGCAUCGAAUAGGUGCUAAAACAUAUUUAGCAGAAGACGAAUUAUGUAGCUAUUGCUAGUUUAUCUACA